GGAUUUCCACCUGUCUGAACCUCAGGCUGGAGUGAGCUGCUUUUAAAAAAACCCAACAACUUGCUGUAUGAGGAAACUACUGGAGAAAAUAUUCCCUCUCAUACUUUAUAUUUCUUCUAUGAAAAAGUGAUUUUGGAAGACUUUCUAGGCCACCUCGCUUGAGGUAUCUUUUUCAGAAGAAUCAUGGCUUGCUGUGUGUUACAUAUCACUGGUCUAAUAUUUGGAGGUGUUGGCAUGGUCGGGACUUUGGCAGCCACAGUUAUGCCGCAGUGGAGAGUUUCUGCCUACAUUGAUGGCAACAUCGUGGUGUUUGAGACCAUCUGGGAAGGACUGUGGAUGGACUGCAUCAGUCAGCUGGGCAUCAGGCUGCAGUGCAAAUUCUACGACUCUGUCCUGGCUCUCCCCCCACCCUUGGAGGCGUUCAGAGCCCUCAUGUGCAUUGCAGUGGUCCUGUCAAUCAUUUCCUUUUUGAUGGCCAUUGUUGGUGUGAAGUACACUCACAGGACCAAGGAGGAUGCCCAGGGCAUCAGUAUCUUUAUACUGGCAGCUGGAGUUGCCUUUCUCCUGACGGGCAUCCUCGUUCUGAUCCCCGUGUCCUGGACUGGAGGUAACAUCAUUCACGACUUCUAUGAUCCAGAAGUUCCUGUGCCACUGAAACGAGAGCUAGGAGCUGCUCUCUAUGUAGGCUGGGUGAGCACUGCACUUCUCAUCGCUGCGGGAGCAAUGUACUGUAGCUUCUGGUGCUGGGCUGAUACAUCCUCAAAAUCCAGGAAUGAAGAAUGGUAUAAGAACAGCAGCAGCCAAGAGUCUCUCAGAGAAGAUGAACAGCAUAUGGUUGGGCUGGAAGGAAGGCAGCUGCUGUGCAAUAGCACCAUUGCCCACCCCUAAACCCAUGAUGUACAAAGAGAGCAGGGCAUUUUACUCUAAGGUAAAGUCUUCAUAAGGACUGCUCUAGGACAGUGGUGAGAAGCAUGGAGUUGGCAGCAUGGCUGAAGCAGCUGCUGAAUGAAUGGAGAAACCCUCAGAACUCUGACUUCCAAUAUUGGCACACAAAUGUUCAUACUCUCCCAUCAGAGGCCUCUAUGAUUGACUAUGGAUUUCACUGAUGCUUGUGGAAUUGAUGUAUCCUUACCUCUUCUGCAGGGCACAGAAUCCAGCUCAUGGAAUAAUAAAAUUUUUAAUCACUUCACCAGACUUUGUAUUACAUUUCCGUUGCUUGCUACCUCUCAUUUUUUAUGACUUCUCCUGUUUUACAGGUAGCGCCUCCUCUUGUAUGAAAUUCAGGACAGACCGUCUGUCUUUAUGCACUUUAAAGCACCGUGCUAAUGUAAAGUAUAAGUAAACAAGCCAGGCAAUGUAAAUGUGUAAUCCCCACUUGCCCGUUGGAGGAUCAAGAGUUCCUGCCUACAUCUUCCAUCACACCCACAAAAGCCAAGCCCUGAUGUUGUUCUGACUGUUUUGUGUUCACAAGACUUAUUUGAAAAUGUAGACUGAGCAGCCAUAUGCCUGUCUGUCCUUUGUGCAGAAUUCAACAGUAUUUGCAGCUGUGCAAUUUUUUUUCACAGCUGAAAACUUGGAACUUGCUUUUGACAGUGUCCGUGUCACAACAUUGAUAAGUGACCAGUUCAAAACAUUCUUUCUGGUUCUUUACACAGUAGUAAUGGGUAGUAUCAUUUCAUUGAUAAUUUCAUGACACAGGUACUCAGUUUGAUCCUUUUCUGUGUCUGCGACUGGUAUCUGAAAAAAAAGGGUGUAAUGACUUUUUGCGUUGAGCAGAGCAAUGCCUCUAUGUAUUCAUUUGACUGUUCAAUCUGAAGCAGAACAUGGAAAGCUGCAUUUAAUUAAACAAGCCUUUUAUUGACUUCAGAUGAACCUAAACAAAACAGUGCCCUUGAACACAGGUAUUCAUUGCAUAUAUUAACUAAUGUGCAUUUACAUUUAAGAGAACCAGCUCAGAUCUUUUAGUGGGAAUUUUCUAGUCACCGGAAAACAGGUUUAAUGCAUCCUGCUCAUCACUUGAGCAGUCAAAUCAGAACUUAUUAAUUCCAGAUAAGCCUUUAAGAGAACAUUUGUAAGUAGGUUUUCUAGUACUAAAACAUAUUUUUUAUGUUGUCUUAUAGCUGCCAAUGUCUGUCACAGCAGCUGUCAUUGGGUCAGACAACUCAUUUCACUGGAGUCAUUCUGUUGACUUUGGUAAUAAUUUAUACUACCAUGAGGACCUUCACCUAUUAUUUUAUUGUAUUUAUGUCCUAUAAUACAUAUUUUGUUUAAUAAGGAACUAUUUGGUGAGUAAGCCAGAAUUGCAUUUUUGGGGUUUAUUCAGAUAUGACAUUUGUGAUUAACAAAGCAGAGGAUGAAGACAUUUGCAAUGCAAAUAUGAUACAUAUUUAUAUGUAGGUAAUGGAUUUAAAUGAUAAUGUAUUCAGUGUAAUGCAACUUUAUGCAGAUGUAAGUGCUGAAGAAGUAAGUACAAUUUUCUAUAACAUUAAUUAAAGGAUCCUGAACACUUUCAAUAUCAGUGGUUUCAUCUAGAAAUCAAAUUUGAACUGGGUGUGCCAUUUACACUAGUAACUUUAUUUUCAAAGAGUUAAAAGAUAAAACUGCUUUAUUUGAGCAUUUAACAUUCAUUUGAAAGAAAACCUAAGCUCUUUACAUCUAACAUUAACACCUGAUAGCUGCAUAUUGCUCCAUUUCUCUCUUUUACCAGUUGAUCAAAAGAUGAGCUCAAACAAAAUCUCUAAGCUCAGACAACCUUGUGCUUGCAUGUGGGUUUGGAAUCUGACCUUGAUUCCAAGCGUACAGCUAGGCUGGGCUGCUGUUUGGAUGUCUGGGGUUUUACUGACACAAAUGGCAAUUUCUGGUGACGUGAUUUAGCACUUAUAGACUCACCCAAAUAUGUUUAAGAGUCUGUGACAUUAAAAUUUCUGAAUUUGAUGCAGGAACAAAUUUCUCAUGAGAAGCUAAUCUGCAAGAGAUGUAACACAGUGAUUAAGCUUCUCCCUUUGAACAGAAAAGAAAUUCCUUUAUUGUGGAUUCUGGUGGGGAAAACCCCAUAAAGAUGAUUACUAGAUAUUUUACCUCUGUAUGCAAGGAAUGCAUUUGGCUGAGUAAACUGUAUGGGUACAUUUGCAUCUGCUAAGGAAGACAGGUUUUUUCCCUCUUCCUUUUCCCCUAUUCAAAACCUGUGGUGCUCAGAACUGACUAGUUGGGAGCUGCAGUUUGAAGGUAUGAGUAAGAAAAGGAAGUUUUAAGGGCUUUAAAGAAAAACUGUGGUUGAGUUCUGAAAUUAAACUGCUGCUGUUCAUGAGUUUUCCGAGGGUAACAGGAAGAGCUUGGCUUGAGGGGAGUGAUGGAGGAGCUUGCACAGAUCUCUAGUGCCCAAGUCUGCACCUUCUACCCUCCUUCUGCUGCUCCAGGAGAGCUCCUGCCCCUUCUGGGUUAUAUCCAGCCAGACCCAGUCUCAGGUAACCCCAAGUGUCUAAGGUGACUCUUGGAGUUUAUUUAGGUGGCUGAACAUGUCCUUCCCAAGUGAGAUAGGUGAGGAGAGGAUGCUCAGGAACAUGUGUAAUGAGGCAAAGACAUUAGGGAAAGGGCCACCUCUUCCCUCCAGGGCACAGGAGGGCUGUGGAAACAGAGCAUUGGUUACAUGCUACAUGAUGGAGGACCAAGAGGAAGCAGGGUGUGAAUAAUCACUAUUGACCAGACUUUUCUCUCAGAAGAAAAGGCCUAACCUGUGGGUGUCAUUUGAUGUGCGUG